AUGACCGACGAUUCGAAGCCUAAGGGCUUUCCAGACGUCUCUGCAAAACUUUCGGCCCUCCCUAAGAAAUCACUAUUCGAGCGUCAGAAAGCCGAAGCCGAAGCCAAGCGUGCCCGAGAACGAGCUGAAACCGCUGCUGUUUACGAAGACUUUGUGAAGUCAUUCGAAGAUGACUCCCCCGCGCCAGAUCGACCGUCUGCAGAUGGAAGGCUAAACAGGUUUAACCCCAAGAGUUCUGGACUUGGGGGAGGCCCUGCAAAACGGCAUUUUACCAGCUCAGGCCCGCGCCUGAGCGGGCCUGGAACUUUAGGACCACCGCCGCCAUCUCUUUCUCGAAAACGUACUCAUGAAGGGUUCCAGCCGUUACAAAGAAACCGGGAUUUUUCGCAUGGAGUGUUAGGUUUCGAGAAUACAGCUUCGCCAGCCGCAGUGUUUCGCACUUCGGACGAUGAGGAGGAUACAACGGUUGAUACGAAAGAGGCCGAGCGUGCUGCAGCUAAGCCCACGCUGUACUUGGCAUCACUACCUCCUGGCACCUCCCCGUCUGUGAUUAAGUCGUUGAUACCGUCAGUUUUGUCAGUGGAUAAUGUCAAGCUCCUGCGUCCCUCUGGUCAACCAUCGGAUCGGAAAUCGAUGUCCGCCAUUGUGACGCUCGCAAACGAGUCUGCCGCCUCGGAUAUAGACAGCACAGUCAGCGCGCUUCAGAACAAAUACUUGGGAUGGGGAUACUACCUGUCGAUCUCGAGGCACCUAUCCUCCGCGGCCAUCAGCUCGACAAUGCCAGUAACUGUUGGCCUAUCAUCCACAAGCUCUCUUCCUUUUGGCGCCAAGUCCAUUGCUCCUGAAGUGCAAGGAAGAUUAAAUCGUGCUCCACCACCCGGUUUGCAUCGCGGUGGUUUCGCGCCCCCGGCUUCGUACGGGCCAUCUUUUGGCAGAAGUGGCCCCAGUACCCAGGUCGAAGUGAAAGCGCCGGCAGACCUGAAGCAAUUGAGACUGAUACACAAAACACUGGAAAACCUGUUAAACUAUGGUCCGGAAUUCGAAGCACUUCUCAUGAGUCGGCCAGAAGUUCAAAGAGAAGAAAAAUGGGCAUGGAUAUGGGAUGCAAGAAGUGCCGGUGGGGUAUUCUACCGAUGGAAGUUAUGGGAAGUCCUUACCAACAGCUGCUCGAGGGGGAAUCAACGAGGAAAACCUAGGAAUUCAUUAUUGAUCUUCGAAGGUGGCGCUCACUGGGCCCCCCCAGAAGACAAUAUCAAGUUUGAAUACACUACCCAGAUGGAUGAGUUUGUCUCUGACGAGGAUUACGACUCUUCUGAUGAGGACCUCUCUGAUGUGGAAGAUGAGAGACGUCAACAUAGUGGAGCACCUCCCGCUGAUGGUGUGGGUGCCAGUAACGAUGGGCUAGGCUAUAUGAAUCCACUCCAGAAGGCUAAAUUAACUCACCUCCUCGCUCGUCUCCCGACGACACAUGCGAAGCUACGGAAAGGCGAUGUCGCGCGCGUUACUGCUUUUGCUAUUGAACAUGCAGGGGCAGGGGCAGAAGAGGUUGUGGAGAUGAUUGUCUCGAAUAUAAAGGAACCAUUUGCUUAUACAGGGGCUAACCCUGACCGUGAAAUGGAAACGGGUGCAGCUCGGCGAGAACAGGCAGCAGACGCCUCCAACGAUGCAGAGGAAGCUCGCUCUCUGUCUAAGGGCAAUUUAGAUACGUCUUCCGCGAAGUUGGUGGGCCUCUAUCUUAUCUCCGAUAUCCUCUCGUCUUCUGCCACCAGCGGUGUACGACAUGCUUGGCGGUAUCGGCAAUUGUUCGAGUCAUCGUUAAAAGCGCAUCAAAUCUUCGAGCAUCUUGGAAGAUUGGAGAAAGACUACAGUUGGGGUCGCCUAAAAGCAGAGAAAUGGAAACGAAGUAUCGGAACUCUUUUGCAUCUGUGGGAAGGCUGGUGUGUCUUCCCGCAAUCAAGCCAGGAACAUUUCUAUGGAGUUUUCGAGAAACCGCCGCUCACGGAAGAAGAAAUCCGGGAAGAAAAAGAGAAGGCCGAAGCCGAACGAGCCGCCAAUGCAUUCUCCAAGAGUAAAAGCCGCUGGAAGUCUGUGGAAGAAGAUACAACGACACAGAAAUUUGACCCAGGUCGGCCUCCUGAAGCUAGGAUUAGUCGUAUGGAUAUUGAUCAAGAACAUAUUGCGCCCGGCGGAGAAUUCGACGGAGAGCCGAUGAGCGAUCUUGAUGGAGAGCCAAUGGAAGACAGCGAUCUGGAAGUCGCGGAUGGUGAACCUAUGGAGGAAGACAGCGCGCUUGUGGAAGACAGUGGUUCGAAAGAGCAGCCAGAGAAGCAGCCAGAACCCUCAGCUCAGCCCGAGCCUCAGCGGCCAGUUCGCAAACCUCGACCAAAGGCGGAAGAUAUGUUUGCGGAUUCCGAUUCGGAGUGA